GCGGAGCGCGUUGCUCUCUGGCAGCAGCAGGGGCCGGUGCUGCCCGGUUGGGGGCUCCGCGCUCCCAGAGCUCAGUGUGCGCGCGGCGCCGUCCCUGUUGCCAGGUCUGUGCUGCGGGGUAGCGGCGCUCUUGCCGGGAGGCGGCGGCGGCGGACUUCGGCGCCGCUCAGAGGCAGCCCGGGGGAGCGGAGCAGCUGGGGCGCAGCAGAGUUGGUCCCGCAGCGCCGCCCCUCGCUCCUCCACUCGGCGGUAACUACUCCGGGCGGGGGAGCCCGCUCCGCUCCGCUUCGCUCCGCUCCCGGAAACUCUCGGCGUCUCUUGGGAAGGAGGCGGCGGGGCAGGGGGCUGAGCGCGGCCGGAGCAGGGGAACUUCGGGCGGACGCGUGAGGACUCCCGCUGCCGCUUCCCGGACAGCCCGGCCGGAGGAAACUUUUCCCUGUGAGCCGGGGCAGGCAGCGGGCCCGGCGGAGCCAGCGAGCGCCCCCAGAAGUUGAGCGGGCGCUGUCAGAGCCCCGGCCGGGUGAGCGCGCUGCGGGCUGGGAGCUGCUGGCGGCGGGGCCCCGCUGCCCGCGGACAUGAAGCUGAGCAGGCAGUUCACGGUGUUCGGUAGCGCGAUCUUCUGCGUCGUGAUCUUCUCCCUCUACCUGAUGCUGGACAGGGGCCACUUCGACCAUCCCAAAAGCCCCCGCCGGGAGGGCACCUUCCCCAAGGGCCAGCUUUCAAUAUUACAAGAGAAAAUAGACCACUUAGAACGUUUGUUGGCAGAAAAUAAUGAGAUUAUUUCCAACAUAAGAGAUUCUGUGAUCAAUCUGAGUGAAUCUGUGAAGGAUGGUCAAAGAAACCCAGAGGCCAUAAAUUUCAGUCAAGGAUCUUUUUCUGAGCUUCUGCCAUCUGCUCUAGUAUCCCUCACAGUUGAUCCUGAGGAUUGCUCAUUUGCUUCAAAAAGUGGAAGUCAAGAUUCAAAUGUACAGAUGUUGGAUGUCUAUGAUAUUCUUCCUUUCGAUAAUCCAGAUGGUGGAGUUUGGAAACAAGGAUUUGAUAUCACGUACAAUGAAAAUGAAUGGGAUGAUGAACCUCUUCAAGUGUUUGUUGUGCCUCACUCACAUAAUGAUCCAGGUUGGUUGAAGACUUUUGAUGACUACUUCAGAGAUCAGACACAACAUAUCCUAAACAACAUGGUGGUAAAACUGCAAGAAGACAACAAGAGGAAGUUCAUGUGGUCUGAAAUCUCUUACUUUUCAAAGUGGUGGGAUGGAAUAGAUAGCCAAAAAAAGGAUGCUGUUAAAAGAUUAAUAGAAGAUGGCCAGUUUGAAAUAGUAACAGGAGGAUGGGUCAUGCCUGAUGAAGCUUCUUCUCAUUACUUUGCUUUAAUUGACCAGCUGAUAGAAGGACAUCAGUGGCUGGAGAAGACUCUAGGAGUAAAACCGAAGUCUGGUUGGGCCAUCGAUCCCUUUGGGCAUUCGCCAACAAUGACUUACCUUCUGAAACGCUCAGGAUUUUCCAACAUGGUUAUACAGAGAAUUCAUUACUCGAUUAAAAAAUAUUUUGCAACCCAGAAGACGCUAGAAUUUUUUUGGAGACAGAACUGGGAUUUGGGAUCCAGUACAGAUAUCCUUUGCCACAUGAUGCCUUUCUACAGCUAUGAUGUUCCUCAUACUUGUGGUCCAGAUCCUAAAAUCUGUUGCCAGUUUGAUUUUAAGCGUCUUCCUGGAGGAAGAGUAAGUUGUCCCUGGAGAGUUCCUCCUGAGGCCAUUCAUACUGGGAAUGUUCAGCACAGGGCUUGGAUGAUUUUAGAUCAGUACAGAAAGAAGUCAAAGCUUUUCCAUACUAAAGUUCUCUUGGCUCCAUUAGGGGAUGAUUUCCGCUACAGUGAGAGCUCAGAAUGGGAUCAGCAGUACCAGAAUUACCAAAAGCUUUUUGAUUUUAUGAACUCUCAUCCUGAGUUACAUGUUAAGGCCCAGUUUGGGACUUUAUCAGAUUAUUUUGAGGCUCUGCGCAAAGCAGGUAAUUUGGAGGAAAAGAACAGCAAUUCAGUUUUUCCUGUUCUGAGUGGAGAUUUCUUCACAUAUGCAGACAGAGAUAAUCAUUAUUGGAGUGGAUACUUUACAUCACGACCCUUCUACAAAAGACUAGAUAGAGUUCUGGAAUCCCAUUUAAGAGCUGCUGAGAUCCUUUAUUCUUUGGCACUAGUAGAGUCUAAAAAAUCUGAGAAGAUGAAUGCAUUUCCUUCAGUGGACCAUUACAAAUUGCUGACGGAGGCUAGGAGGAAUGUAGGACUCUUUCAGCACCAUGAUGCCAUCACAGGAACAGCUAAAGAUUGGGUAGUUGUGGAUUAUGGAACUAGGCUUUUCCACUCAUUAAUGAAUUUGAAGAGAGUGAUCAUUGACUCUGCUCAUAUUCUUAUCCUAAAAGACAAAGAUACCUACAGCUACAACCCAUCAGCUCCGUUCCUUAAGAUGGAUGAUGAUCAAUCCUCACAAGAUUCUCUGCCACGCAAGACAGUUAUAAAGCUGAGUAUACAGCCAAGAUUAAUAAAGCCUGCACUACAAGAGGAACAAGGAAAGGAUUUUAGUGAAGGAACACUUAAGAGGGCCAGACCAAAAUUACAGCCUGUAUUUACUAGGCACGGUACAUACUCCCAGUACCUUUUGGUUUAUAAUCCUACAGAACAGGAGCGGUUCUCAGUGAUUUCAGUCUAUGUGAAUUCACCCAAAGUUAAAGUAUUAUCUCCUUCAGGGAAACCUGUUAUGGUCCAGGUUAGUGGAGUAUGGGAUGAAACAACUACAGUAUCACAUGAAGCAUAUCAGAUCUCUUUCAUGGUGCACCUACCACCUUUAGGUCUGGGAGUUUAUCAGCUUUUGGAGGUUCUGAGUUCAGAAAUGGUCUUGGCUGAUUAUAAUAUAUAUACUAGUGGAGGAAAUAAUGUGCAGGUGAACCCAGAUAAAGUUUUCAAGAUCAAGGAGAUGCAAAAUUCUGCAGAUGACAUUACUUUAGAGAACUCCUACAUGAAACUAUGGUUUUCUGGGAUCUCAGGGCUUCUGAAGAAAAUUAACACAAAGGAAGAUGGCAAAAAUCAUCAAAUAAAAGUGGAGCUUGCUUGGUAUGGAACCACAAGUAACAGAGAUAAGAGCGGGGCUUAUCUCUUCUUACCAGAUGGAGAGGCCAAGCCUUAUGUUUUCACAGAUCCACCUACCAUAAGAGUUACUCAUGGAAGGAUUUUCUCAGAAGUUACUUGUUUUUUCCAUCAUUUGACACACACAGUGCGACUCUACAAAGUUCAGGGAUUGGAAGGUGAGUCUCUUGAGCUGUCCAAUAUUGUGGACAUUAGAGGAGAAUACAAUCGUGAGAUUGCAAUGAGAAUUUCAUCUGACGUAAACAGCCAAAACAGGUUUUACACUGACCUUAAUGGAUAUCAGAUUCAGCCCAGAGUGGCAAUGAACAAAUUGCCUCUUCAAGCAAAUAUCUAUCCAAUGACUACAAUGGCUUAUAUCCAGGAUGAUGGCAUUCGUUUGACUCUACAUUCUGCUCAGUCUCUAGGUGUUACAAGCUUGAAAAGUGGACAGAUAGAAGUCAUUAUGGACCGUCGACUUAUGCAGGAUGACAACCGUGGCCUUGGACAGGGUCUCCAAGAUAACAAGAUCACAGCUAAUCUGUUCCGACUUCUGCUGGAGAGAAGAAAUGAAGUAGAUGAGAAAGAAGAGAAGUCAUCAGUCAGUUUUCCCUCUCUUCUGAGCCAUAUGACUUCUUCUUUCAUAAAUCAUCCUGUAAUUCCAAUGACUACAUAUGCAGAAUCUGGUGUCCCACAGAUUUUGAAUGCCUUUUCUCCACUCACUUCAUCCAUGCCUUGUGACAUGCAUGUGGUCAAUCUAAGGACAAUACAAUCAAAGGCAGAUUCUGGGCCAUCUGAUGAAGCAGCCUUGAUCCUUCACAGAAAAGGAUUUGACUGUAAAUUUUCAAACAAAGACACAGGGCUAUUAUGCUCUACUACUCAGGGAAAGAUAAAGGUGCACAAACUCUUUAAUAAGCUAAUCGUUGAAAGUCUUAUACCUACAUCUUUAUCUUUGAUGCAUUUGCCUCCAGAUACCAGAAAUAUUAGUGAGAUCAAUAUGAGUUCUAUGGAGAUAAAUACGUUCCGGAUUCGACUGAGAUGAAACCUGGCUUUAAUAUUCAUAUAGUGAGGAGGAAUUUGCAGUUAUAUUUCCUCUAAGUUUGACGUGCAAUAAAGAAGCACAUUGUUAUUCCAGCUUCUGGAUACUGUGAGAAAACAUGCAUUCUAGAAUUAUUUUUUUGACCAACACAGUGAAUAGCCAUGUUGCAAACAACUUUUUUGUUUUUACAUAAAAUACCAACAUCAGUAUAAGUUAACGCAACACAUGAAGAAAUUUCUAAGGAUGUUAACCUCUAGACAACAAAUUGAAUCUCAGGUUAAAUGAUAAUUAAUGGUUUCUGGGGUUUUUUGUUUUUGAAGGGAGAGGGAGUGGGACUUAAAUGACUUGUUUUGCUGAGCCUUGAUUAAUUUAUAUACAAAUAAUUGCAAUGUUGAAAUCCCUAAUAAAGCUUGGAACUUAAAUGGAAUAAAAAGCUCUUGUGUAAUAGCUAAUGUCCAAAUAUUUGAAACCAUUUAUAUAAGUGACCGUAAUCUCAGUUUAUUCCAUAUUGAAUUUCAAUUUAUUCUAUGGGAUGGAGAUUUGAAUUCUGUGGUAAAGUGAAAGACCGGAGACUUUGUCUCGUAAGCGAUGGUAGAUUUUAACACUUUUUGCCCUACCAUCACUUUGUGAAUUUCAUAGCUUAAGAAAAGAGAGAUUUUCAAAUUAAUCCUGCAAUGGAAAAUUAUAGAAAUAUUUAAUAAAAGUCCCAUUUUGUUACUUGACACAUUGGGAUAUGUGCAAUUAUUCCAUUAUCAUAUACAAUAAAAAAGUAAAUCUGUAAUAAUCAUGAAUACAAGAUUUUUUUACAAAACUCAUUUGGAUACUGAUGUUCUCUGAAAUGGGUUUUCUAUAUCAAGAUUACCAUAUCAAGAUAAAUGUGCCUUAUUUUUUAAUGUGUCCCGUUACUAUUUUACUGUCCACAUCACUGUUUUGGGGAAAAGGGUAGUUUAUAUAAAUACUUAAACUGUGUGUCUUCUAUUUGACCAUGCUGGCCACACUCUGAUCUAUGUCCUCCAGCACCAAAUUUGUGCUGUGUUGUUCUGAACAUUUUGACUAUUUGAAUGUACUGAAACAAUGUCAUAAAACUAAAUAUUGAAAGAAUAAGGAAUAUUGUAAUAUUCAAAUUCAGCCACUGUCAAGGAAACUGCAACUUGAUGCAGAGACUUUAUAGUGUGUAAGACAUAGUUUGCAAAACCCAUCAUACAAUGUAUUUACAUUUCACAGAUUGUAGUAAACUGUGCAUUGAGAAUCACGUGCCUAUAUUUUAAAAAUGCCACUCUUCAAACCUAAUAAUCAUGCUUACAUAUGUUGUCAAUGUUUACCUUAUUGAGGAAUAGCAUCUUACUCCUCUCAUUUUCACCAUAUCAAGUAUUUUACAUUGAGUGCUGAAGCCAUGUGAGUAUGAAAAUUCUAUUUCCCUGAAUACAGCUACUGUUUACAAUUAAAAUAUACUAAUUUGCAUCUGAGUAUUAUUCCCUUUACUGAUCUUCCUUAAUCUUUGUACCUCUGACUUCAUUUUGCUUAGGCUUUAUUUAUGCGUUCAUCGGUGAUUUUCUUUAAUAUUAACAGAUGAUAAAUCCUCUUAACUGGAAAAGACGUACUGUCUGCUAACUCUAAAAUUGACUGCUGUACUAUUUUAAUUAGGUAAUUUUGGUGCUGUGGUAUAUCAAUUUAUAUCUUGUAGCCAUACAUCCAACUUCAAACAUACAAAAAAACGUAAAAAUUUAAUUUUAUGUAUUGUCAUGGUUUGGAUCUCUCUCUAUCAUGAUUGCAUAAUUCAUAAUUUAGUUCAAUCUGCUAAAUAUUUUGUACUUAAGAGUAGAAUAUUUAGCAGAAUCUGGUGUGAAUUACAUCAAGGAUAUAUUGACCACUAACCAUUUAUGAAAAGUAAGAAUUAUAUUUGAGAGUAUAUAGAACAGUAAAUUGAUAUUUUCAUGCAAUAAACAUGUACUGUAAGUUUUCUUCAUUACAGUAUUUGAAUUUUUCUCCCUUUUUAGUUGAAAUUUACAAUCUUUAGGCUUGCCAGCAGAAAAUUGUGGUAACAUUUUCUAUUUUUGUUGCAUAUGUAGAUGAGAAAUCUUCAGAGCACUCUGUAGAUUCUGUGCAAAGAGGAUAUUCAAAAUAUCUUAAAUUCUGUUAAGUAGAAAAUUUAAAAUUUUGAUGCAAUAAAUUUUAAAGUAUUCUUACGUGUGGGACUUGUUUCCAAAGGAUCUGUUUCAAUAUAAUUAAACAAUGUAUUGUAUCAGUUUUUCAUUUGUCACCAGCUGUACAGUCAUAAUGCCUGAAUACUCCUUAACCAGCAGACUUCUGCUUUGUUCUAGUAAUUUUAAUUUUUUAUCAGAAGGAAAAACUGAAAUGCAUUCUGUUUAAGUGAUAAAUUACGGUAAAUUAUGACUUUAAGUCAAUUUGAGGCCCAAUAUUGAACUCCUUAAUACCAAUCAAAAUUUCCACCAAAGUCAGCAAACAGAGAUUUUGCCUAGGUGAUCAAUUCAAGAUUGGGCUCUUGCUUUUCUUCCAUGCCUCCUGUGAAUGGUUACUCAAUACUUUAAUUGUAUUAUUGCAGUUUUGGUGACAUAUUUGGUUUUCUGUUCAUUAACUAUAUAUACACCAAUUAAUCAUGUUCUUUUACAUUUUUUCUAAUUUUCAUAGCUGCACUGGUGGUUAAGAGAUCCAAGCAUCCUUAUUUUCCACAAAUAUGGAUUUAAAUAAAAUGCUGUUCAAGAUAUGGUUUCAAACAUUGUACUUAUUUUCCAGACCAGAGUUGUACCUGUACUGAGAUUUUUUUUACAUUCCCUUAUCUUAAAUGUCUUUGAUUUUUCUUGUUCAUCAUAUCUCUGAAAUGAAAUGAAACAAACUGAUUUAAAUGGAAGGUUUUUGAUAUUUUCUCUUGGAAGGUUUUAUAUCUUUUUGGGGAAAUGGAAUAUAAGAUCUCUAAUAAAAGAUAACCUUAUGGUGA